ACGACAACAAACUAUCCUCCCUGUUUCCUCCUGUAUAUAUGUGUAUAAUUGUUUGAUUUUCCCGUGUUUUUCAUGAGCGUUUCGUUACACCACCACGCAGGAGAAGGUGAGAUGGAGAACGUUCACCUGGCUGUGGAGGAGGAGGAUCUUUAUUCCGGUUACAACGACUUUAAUCCAACGUUUGACUCAGAGGAGUUGGAGAAUGAUGUGGGCUUCCAGCAAGCAGUGAGGACAAGUCACGGAAGAAGACCUCCUAUGACUGCCAAAUUUCCUGGCACUGCCAUUGGAGCUCGGCCUUUAGCUACUUCCUUUGGAGCUCGGAUCCCUUUGGCCUCUUCAAUGGGCCGACCCAUGACUGGAGCUGUGCAGGAUGGAGCAGCCCGACCAAUGACUGCCGUCAGAGCAGCAGGUUAUACCUCCUCCUUGACCCGUGGCUCGACCUUUGACCCUCUGGGUCAGUCCAGAGGCCCUGCAGCUCCACUUGAAGCAAAGAAUGAGGACACGCCUGAAGAAAAGAUCAAGAUCCUGGAGAAGAAAGUGAAUGACCUGAUAGAAGAGAGCUGCAUGGCACAGAGCAUUGGAGCCUUACAGCUGGCUCUUGAAAAAGCCAAAGAGGCAGGAAGGAAGGAGAGAACGCUGGUGAGACAGAGGGAACAGACUGGAAAUGCGGAGCACAUCAAUCUAGACCUCACAUACUCUGUUUUGCUCAACCUUGCCAACCAGUAUGCGAACAAUGAAAUGUUCCCAGAGGCCCUAAACAGCUACCAGGUCAUCGUGAAGAACAAGAUGUUCAGUAACGCAGGCCGCCUGAAAGUCAACAUGGCCAACAUCUACGUCAAACAGAAGAGCUACCCGAAGGCCAUCAAGUUCUACCGGAUGGCUCUGGAUCAGAUCUCCAACGCCCACAAGGAAAUGAGGAUCAAGAUCAUGCAGAACAUCGGCGUGGUCUUCGUCCGCAUGGGCCAGUACUCGGACGCCAUAACGUCUUUCGAGCACAUCAUGAGCGAGAGCCCCAACAUCAAGACGGGCUUCAACCUGAUCCUGUGCUACUACGCCAUCGGAGACAGGGAGAGGAUGAAGAAGGCCUUCCAGAAGCUCAUCUCUGUUCCUCUGGGCAUCGACGACGAGGACAAGUACAUCCCAUCUAAUGAUGACACCGACUCGGGUAUGGUCAUCGAGGCCAUUAAGAACGACAAACUUCACCAGAUGGAGAGAGAUCUAAAAGUCCUGACUGAGAAGUACAUCAUGACAGCGGCCAAGCUCAUCGCUCCGGCCAUUGAGACUUCCUUUGCUACCGGAUUCGACUGGUGUGUGGACAUGGUGAAGAGCUCUCAGUACGUUGAGCUCGCCAACGAUCUGGAGAUAAACAAAGCCAUCACCUACCUCCGACAGAAGGACUUCAACCAGGCAGUGGAGACUCUGAAGACAUUUGAGAAGAAGGACAGCAGAGUGAAGAGCGCUGCAGCCACCAACCUCUCUUUCCUCUAUUUCCUGGAGAAGGACUACGACCAGGCCGACCGGUACGCCGAUCUCGCCAUGACCGCUGACCGCUACAACCCGGCGGCACUCAUCAACAAAGGCAACACGGUGUUCGUCAGGCAGGACUAUGAGAAGGCUGCAGAGUUCUACAAGGAGGCACUGAGGAACGAUUCCUCCUGCACAGAGGCCCUCUACAACCUGGGUCUAACCUAUAAGAAACUGAACCGUCUGGAGGAAGCUCUGGACUGCUUCCUGAAGCUUCACGCCAUUCUGAGGAACAGUGCGCAAGUCAUGUACCAGCUGGUCAACCUGUAUGAGCUUCUGGAGGAUCCCCAGCAGGCCAUCGAGUGGUUGAUACAGGUCUUGAGUGUAACACACACCGACCCCCAGGCACUGGCCAAACUGGGAGAGCUCUACGAUAGCGAGGGGGACAAGUCCCAGGCUUUCCAGUACUACUACGAGUCCUUCAGGUACUACCCCUCCAACAUCGAUGUGAUCGAGUGGCUCGGGGCUUACUACAUCGAGACGCAGUUCUGUGAGAAGGCCAUUCAGUACUUUGAAAGAGCCACACUCAUACAACCCACACAGGUGAAGUGGAAGCUCAUGGUGGCGAGCUGCUACAGAAGAAGCGGAAACUACCAGAAAGCUCUGGAAACGUAUAAAGACAUUCACCGCAAGUUUCCAGAAAAUGUGGAAUGCCUGCGUUUCCUGGUGAGACUGUGCACAGACAUGGGAUUGAAGGAAGUUCAAGAUUACGCCACCAAGCUGAAGAAGGCGGAGAAGAUGAAGGAGAUCAGAGAACAGAGGGUGAAGUCGGGGCGGGAGGGCAGCGCCAGAAGUCGGAGAGAUGGAAGAGAGAGCAGCGCCGGCAGUGCUGACAGCGGCCACAGCGGCGGCAGCACCAAAGGAGAGCGGCUGAGCGCCAAGAUGAGGUCACUUCCUGGUUCCCAUGAGCCCUACGAGGCCAGCAGCCCCAAAGAAAUAGACGCGUCCUACGUGGACCCGCUGGGGCCUCAGAUGGAGAGACCGAAGACCGGAGCCAAGAAACGAGUGGAGGACGACGACUUCGCAGACGAGGAGCUCGGAGACGACCUGCUGCCGGAGUAGCUGCCUCCAUCAUCGAAGCAUAAAAAAACUAAACAUUUUAUACUCUUCAGCAAAAGAAAACCACAUAAAUGUUACGGGAUGAAAGCAUGAAAGAAGGUCCAGUGACUCUGAUACUCUGAGUGUAGAGGUGAGAUGGUUUUGAUGCACUGUAAAUAAUUUGACUGUAAAUUACUGGCUACUAAUUGAGUAAAGUACAAUAACAUUUUCACACUACAUUAUUUUGAAAACACAGCAGCAUUCUGUGACUUCAAAGUAGCUAAAGUAGUAUAUUACUGUGAUUUAACAGUAUAUAACUGUAUUUUAUUCUAACUUUACAGUAAAUAUCUACCACAUUGCUGUGAUUUAGCAGUAUGCUGCUGUAGGAUUCCCGUAUUUAACCGUAACUUCACUGUUUUUGUGUGUGUUUAAAGUCAAAGUCAAGAGUUUUUUUAUUGUCAGAGGAAUGCCUGUUUACAUGGAGUAGAUUUAAACCGUCUGGAUGUAUUUUUACAGUUUUGUUUUGGCUCUGCACUGCAGCACAGUUCUUUGUAAAUGACUGAAAACAAUCACAAUGCAGUGCUGCUGUUUAACUCUCAUUUAAAUGUGUUUACAUUCACAUAAGAAUGUAGAAGCGGCAGACCUCUCUCUGGACAAACUGUUUCUCUUUGCAGUAUGGAUGUGAACGCCUCGAAAAACCCAACUCUACACUUUAACCUCGCUGUCACCUUUUUUCAUUUUAACCCCAGUGUUUGGGCACGGAGCCAAAAACAAUGAAAACAUAUUGCUGUCGUAAUAUUUCUCACUGCGAUGUGUGUUUCCAUGUGUGUGUUUGAGAGCCGGGGAGACUGGAAAACCCAUCAACACCAUACGACCAACUUAUGUAAUCCGUCCAUUCCAGGUCCUGUUUGGUUACUUUUAUACAUUUUGUACUUAUUUGUAAAAUGUUUAUUUGUAGAAUACUAUUUAUUCUUUCUUUGUUUGUUUAUAUAAUUAAAAGAGAAAUAUUUUC